CUAUAAAUACCCUCUUCCCAUCCGUUUCCUGCCUCCUCCGCCUCUCCUCCCGUUCCUCUCCGGCGAUUUAAUUUCUUGAGCCUUCCAGGGUUUUCUCGCGAGUGUAUGGCAGUGAGCUUUUUGUCUCAUGAGGUGUCCGACCUUUGCAUCGGGAAGCCGGCGCUGAAAUCGCUGCCGCUCUCCGCCACCGCUGGCGACGCCCUACUCGCCCUCAAGAAGGGAGGAGACACCUGCCUCGGCGUUUGGGCCACCGAUCGUUUCUCGCCGGAGAGGAAUCUAAUCGCCGGGAAGCUCUGCGUGGUGGACAUCCUCUGCUUCCUCUGUGGCGACGAGAACCUCGAUUCUCCUGCCGACGCUCUCAAGAAGCCCGUCUCCAACCUCCUUCAGAAAGACGCCGGCCUUGUCCGCCGUGUCGAGUCGGAUUCUAGUGUGCUGGAGGCCCUGGAUGUGAUCCUUGACGGGGCUCAGAACCUGGUCGUCCCCAUCCGCUCCGGCGGCCGGAGGAAGCUCCACCACCACUCCGCCGGCGGCGGAGGCGGGGGGGAGUUCUGCUGGUUGACGCAGGAGGACUUCGUCCGCUAUUUCUUCAAUUCGAUCGCCCACUUUGCCCCCAUCGCCGCCCAUUCCGUGUCCUCCCUCCGCCUCGUCCGCUCCGAUGUCCUCGCCAUCCAGUACGAUGACGCCGCCCUCAACGCCCUCCCCCUCAUCCGCCGCGCCCUCGCCGACCAGACCUCCGUCGCCGUCAUCACGGACGACGGCAAGCUGGUCGGCGAAAUCUCCCCCUCCAUUCUCGCUGCCUCCGACGAGACGGUGGCCGCCGCAUUCGCAACCCUCUCCGCUGGCGAUCUCAUGGACCACAUUGACCAUUGUGGGUCCCUGCCGGAGACGGCCAUGGGGGCCGUCAUGGCCAGGCUGAAGAAGAAGGGCUUAAAGGGGAUGCUGGAACUGUUGGAAGCAAAGCUUUAUCCUCCGUUCUCGUCGCCUUCCUCGUCCUCCGACGAGGAGUCGAGCAGGCGGCCGAGGAGGCUGAGGUCGGCCGGGAGCUACGCGAGGGGUUCCGAGGACGUGAUCGUUUGCCACCCCGAGAGCUCGCUGGCGGCGGUGAUGGUGCAGGCGCUGGCGCGCCGUGUGAACUACGUGUGGGUCUUAGAUGAAGAGGACUAUGGCCUCGUUGGGAUCGUCACCUUUGCCGACGUGCUCAAGGUUUUCCGGGAUCAACUGAAGCAGACUCUCCUCUGAGAGAGUGUUUGGGGAACUCGGAAAUCAGAUGGAAGUGACAUAAAACAGAGCAAAAACUGAAGUGAAAUAAAACAGAGUAAACACUGAAAUGAAAUAAAGAACUCCAAAAUUUUCAGCUCCA